CUGGAAUACUGAGCCCCAAAUCUGCCUCUUUGUAUUUUCUACUCAUCGCUCCUGGUUCCACCCUUUGGGGCCAAGCAGAACCUCCUCCCAGCAUCCACCUAUUUCCCUGGGCAGAGUUGGACCUAGCCAGUCCCAGCUCUUCUUCAUUCCACCCCACCUCCACACGCCCCUCCCUCUAUGAGCACGCCUGUGCCAAGGACUGUGGGGCCCAGCCUCCACCAGACACGUGCCAACCCAGCUCUAGGACAAAGUAGAGGAGCCUGGCAACUUUGUCAGAUGGAGCAUUAAAGGUUUCAGCUGCCUCUUGGCUCUUGGGAAGAUGGGGCCCUCCUGCCAGGCAGUGGGCAUCAACAUCUGGAUCCUCCUGGUAUUUACAACCUCUGCUCUCGGGGGCAGUGACAGAGGCCGGAAGAAGAUUGUCCAUGUGCUAGAGGAUGAGUCAGGGGCCGUGGUGGUCCAGACAGCACCAGGAAAGGUGGUGACACACCGAGGUGGAACCAUUGUCCUGCCCUGCCGAUAUCACUACGACAUCUCAGCUCAUGAUGAGGAUGAAAUCCGCCUCAAGUGGACCAAAGUGACUGACCCAUUGGCUUUCCGUGAUGUUUUUGUGGCUAUGGGCAAGGAGAGGCGGGCCUUUGGCAGCUACCGGGGUCGGACAUCCCUGCAGGAAGAUGGCCCUGGCGAUGCUUCCUUGAUUAUCCGAAAUGUCACGCUACAGGACUAUGGCCGUUAUGAAUGUGAGGUCACCAAUGAGCUCGAGGAUGAUGCUGGCAUGGUCAGCUUGGACUUAGAAGGUGUGAUCUUUCCCUACCAUCCUCGCCUGGGCCGCUACACGCUGACUUAUCCUGAGGCACAGCGGGCGUGCGCCGAGCAGGACGGCAUCCUGGCGUCCUACGAGCAGCUGCACGCUGCGUGGCGCGAGGGUCUGGACUGGUGCAACGCGGGCUGGCUGCAGGACGGCUCGGUGCAGUACCCUGUGGGCCAGCCGCGUGAAGAAUGCGGCCGCCGCGAGGCUCCCGUGGGCGUGCGAAACUACGGCUACCGCCACAAGGAAGACGAGCGCUACGACGCCUUCUGUUUCACGUCCAAUCUGCAGGGUCAGGUAUUCUUCCUGAAGCCCUACCGCAAGGUGAGCUUUCCGGAGGCGGUGCGGGCGUGUGCGGGCAGCGGCGCCGCGGUGGCCAAGGUGGGCCAGCUGUAUGCCGCGUGGAAGCUGCAGCUGUUGGAUCGCUGCGAGGCCGGCUGGCUGGGCGACGGCAGCGUGCGCUACCCCAUCGUCAACCCGCGGGCUCGCUGCGGAGGCCAGAGGCCGGGCGUGCGCAACCUCGGUUUCCCCGACAAGAAGCACCGCCUCUUCGGCGUCUACUGCUACCGCGCGCCAGGCUCCCCGGACCCAGGAGCAGCGCGCUGGGGCUGGGGCUGGAGGGACCCAAGCGCCUGGCGGCCCCUGCACGUCUAGCUGGGGGCCGCUCGAGGGAGGGGCUCCCCCAGCGGUUACCAAGGGGUUUGGCAUUUGCCACACCCCUGGGGAGGUACUUCUAAGUGUCGCUAUGGGGACCAGCAGCCGUUUCUUCCUCUUGAGAGAAGGGGUUUUCUAAGAUGUUGCCAUGGGGACCAGCAUCUCAUUGCCCCCCCCCUCCACCCCGGCCGGAGGGAUUUCUGAGUGUCACCAUGGAGAUCCACAUCCACUCCAAUCUCCCCAACAAGGGCAUUUUUUUAGGUGUUGCCGUGGGGACCAGCAUCUGUCCCGCCCCCAGGGAAGGAACUUCGGCCUCCGCCCCUCUUCCCCUGGGGGUGGGGGUAGUGAUGCCUCAAGACUUCGACCAGAAGACCAAUCUGCCCCGCCCCUUUGUGGAAGCAUCCUAGACAUUCCCGAGAGCCCUGUCCCAGGGAGAGGAAGGGGUCCUCUAGCAGUAGUUAUGGUGAUCAGGGCUGAUGGUACUUAGAGCUGUUACUAUGGUGACUGACCUUUGCCCCACCCCCCUGAAGGAAUACUUCUGCUGUAGCCAUAGUGACUGGCUCCUCCCUCCACUUUUUGCCAGAGUUACUGACCUCUUCCUAGCUUCCCAGUCAUCCCUGUGAGGACUGAUACCCCAGCCUCCAGGUAGCAUUCACUCCGCCCGACUCCGCAGGCGGCCUCGGGACGUUUACAAUCGGGAAGUGGAACACCUGGGUCCUUAGGACCCAAGAGCUGCUUCCCUCUCCUUUUCUCCUUUCCCCCUGAACUUCCUAUGGGGACAGGACGUCGGCAAGGCCACAGGAGCAUGGAUUUGGAGCAAAGGACGCAGCUCUGCCACUUACUACCUGUGUGACCUUGGGCAAGUCACAUAACUUCUCUGGGUAACCUCUCAGUUUCUUCAUCCAUAAAAUGAGGGGUUUGCACUAGAUGACCUCUAAGGUCCCUUCCAGUUCCAAAUGUGUGAUCCUGUGACUGGGAAGCAAGAGACUUGCAUGCACCAGUCCCUUGUCCCCACUGCCCAGGGGUCAGCCUGGGGAGGAGAAGCUCUUUCCCUUCCCGGACCUAAGCCUCAUCCUGCUUGUCUUGUCCUCUUGCCCCAAAUAAAAGUGCAGGUCCAACCCA